AUGGAAGCCAAAGUCGCAGCGUGCCAGCGGAUCAUACAAUAUUCCGUGACAGAUAUGAGACUCAUCCUCGAAGCUCUCAACAUGUCCGGUCAGGGUUUAUUCUUCCAGGGUCAAUGGAUGAAAUUGCCGAAGAACACUCGUCUAGCGGUGUAUGGCGACUCGGCCGCCGCGCAUUAUAUGUGUCGUCGGUGGGUUGAAAUGCCAUUGACAAAAGAACAAUGGACGGGAAUUCGCAAGCACGUUCUUGGAAACAGCAUUCUUGGUCGCACAGGAAUCCGCAUGGGCCUGAACUAUUGCCUCAACUUGAAUCCUGGCACAACCGAAGUAUCUCAUGACAUGAUGGCAACAUCUGUUGAAGCUAUUUUGGGUGCCGUUCACCUCGACGGAGGAGACCAAGCCCUGGCCUCAGUCAUGACCGCACUCGGUCUUACAUCGGAUCUUCUGGUUCCUCUACAUAGCGGCCCGUAA